AUGCAAACUGCAACUAAGUUUCGCUUGAUUCCAGCGACGUCUGCAAUAAUCGAACCGGAGGAAAGUUCUUCAACAAUUUCCUCUGAAGACGAAAGUAUUCAACCAAGAUUCGUUGAUGCCUUAGAAAGCUUCGAAAUCCCCAAAGGUGACAUCUUGCCUUCCUAUCAUAUGUAUGAAUCAUUGAUAAAUUGCAGCUUAGAGAUUCUCUCAAUUCCACCUGAUUACUCACAGUCACAAGACGUAGACUCGCUUUUUAAUUAUGAAGAUUGCCUUGUCAUGAAUAUCAGAGGACCCUUAAAAAAGAGGUUGAAUGAAUUAAAAAACACUCGAGAUAUCUCUGUCCUGAUUUGUCUUGACGAAUUAUGGUGGGAUCAUGUCUUCCAUCCCGGUGACGAGGUUUCUGGAACAGUGAUGCUUACCAAUAAAUCGGCUAUUCAAGUUUCGCUAUCGCAGGUUUAUAUUAUUUUAGAUGGCUGCUUUAAAGAUGCUUCGACUGAAGUAAGUUUUCUCGAAAUGAUAGAUUUUGAAAAUUUGGUUUCCGAACCAAUAGUUAUGGAAGGUAAUGCCACAAAGAAGAUACGGUUUUCAUUCAAGAUUCCUGAACAUCACAUGGUCGAUGAUGUUGAAAAUGGAUGCAAUUUACAACUACCCCCAAGCAUCAGCACUAAAAAGUUAGGGAUCCAGUACAAACUUUCUUGCUUUGUUACCAGACAGGAAGAGGGAAGGAAAACGAAAUUGGGUCAAGACCACGUAGUAUUGACAGUACUCACACAGUAUCCAGUUGUCACUAUUGAAAAUACAGAAUACAAUAAUGAGCUAUUGAGUUGUUUAUUCCUGGACCUACAAUACGAACGUGUGUUUCUAGGAAAAGUUGCCAAUUCAGUACUCUUGACUGAUUUAAAAUCUUCAUUCUCCUAUUGCAAAAGAGAUGUCUUCUGGACUUUAUAUUUAGGCGACAAAGAUAACGGCUUCAAAGGAGUUAGGGCAGAUUGUGUUCAAAGUAUUUUUCCAAAGCCACUUGUACAAACACUCAGAAUCCCAUUUGAUCUUGAGCCACAUGAUUACGAAUUAAUUACUGUAAGUGCAGAAUUGGUCGUUGUAGACAUAACAUCACCCUUGUGUGAAUUCCCCAUGGAAUUGCCACCAACAAUGUUUUUUGAAUCUCAUACUGGAAGAAGGUUCCACGAAAUUGUAGAAAAACCAUUACGUGCCAUGGUUACGUAUUUGAGAAACCAAGGAGUAAGUCCGUAUCCACUAUGCGACAUUCUUCAAUUAGAUGUUAGAUAUCAGAAAUUCCAUUGCCCAAUUGUCUUUAUUGACAAGAAUGAAAUUGGGAUUUCGCUUGAUGGAAUGUACGCUUUAAAAAGAAUGUAUAAGAAAGAUACCAAAAUAGAUUGCAACAAGUUUGUUCCUAACUUCCAAUAUGUAUGCAUUGGCCGGGAAUAUUUCUUGAGCUUGACUGCUGAGGUUGGAAAAGGAAAGAAGAAAAUGGGAAAGGUGUCAAUGAAUGUUCCUGUAUUCUUCACAGCUUGA